AUGGCCGGGAGGGCUGUGUUAGAGCAAGGCUUAGCCAGAAGAAUUGGUGAUGGAACGGAAACGAGAAUAUGGGGAUGGAACUGGCUCGCGGACGCUUCAAAUAAACCUCUAAUCACGCCGUGUGUGGACGCAUUGCGACAUGCCACGGUUAGUGGGCUGCUUGAUGAACAUGGGCGAUGGGAUGGUGACAUAUUGCGGGAUAUUUUUCAUACUGAUGACAUCCCCCGGAUCCUUGCCACCCCAGUGAGUACUCACACUAAAGACUGCUGGAGAUGGCCAGGUGAUUUACGAGGAAAGUAUACGGUGCAAAAUGGUUACCGCCUCAUUGUUCGUGAGAGGAUGCACUCAACUGUGGCUGCUGCGUUCCAUGCUUGGAAGACAUUAUGGGCAGCACCGACUCCACCCAAAGUGAGAAACUUUCUGUGGCGAUGUGCUCGUGACGUCCUACUAGUACGGGAUAACUUGCGUUUGAAAAGGGUAUGGAUUGGAGGAGGCUGCCCAAUCUGUGGCUUUGCUACGGAAUCAAUGGCGCAUCUCUUUUGUGAGUGCGAUUUUGCGAAGCAGCUAUGGGGGACCAAUGAUGUACUACACGGCAGGGGUUUCAUCUCUUUCAUGGACCAUAUUCUGGGCAGUCAAGGGGCUGAUGAUGCACUUCGUGUUACUUGGAGUGCGGCGUACUGCCAGGCGAGGAGUGUUGUGGAGAGGGCCAGGACCCGUGAGCACUGGACAUCACCGCCAGCAGGUUCAUUGAAGUGCAAUGUCGACGCAUCCGUGGCUGAGGGUGGGGCUAGCUUUGGCCUGGUUGUCCGCGAUCACCUGGGGUGUUUCGUGGCGGCAAAGAGGGGAGUUCUGACCGAUGAGCAUGAUCCAUAUGUGGCCGAGGCUCUUGCGGCUAAAGAAGCACUGACUUGGUUGAAGGAACAAAGACUGAAUAAUAUAAUCUUAGAAUCUGACUGUUUAAAUUUUUGUAAUGCUUUUAAUUCCCAGUCUGUUGAUUUUUCUUAUGUUGGUCUGAUUGUAAAGCAAUGUCGGGUGAUUGCUAGUGACAUAGGGAAUGUAUGCAUAGCCCAUGUCAGGAGAUCAGCGAAUCGCGUAGCUCAUGAACUCGCUCGGGCGACCGGUUCUCUAGCUGGCUCGGAGGUGUGGUUCAAGAUCCCACCGAGUUGUAUUUCCGAUUUAUUACGGUUUUAA